GCAGGCUGUCCACUAGUCUAGAUCACGUUGCUUUUGCGAUUUCCUUCUUUCAUUAGGUUUCGAGCAAUCGACGUCAGUGUCCGACGAGUCGGGUGCUUCACUUUGGAAUCGUCCACGCCGUAGCUACGAAGUCCAGUAAAGUUAUUCUCUUAUCACGUUGUUGUAGGUAUUUCCAAGUAAAAUGUCAGGCAAUAAACGCUGGAUCCCACUUGAGUCGAACCCCGAGGUGAUGAACAAGUUUCUCACAACUGUUGGGGUAUCAAGCACGUGGAAAAUCAAUGAUGUUUAUGGCUUGGACUCUGAAUUGUUGGCCACCGUUCCUCAACCUGUUUUGGCUGUUCUCUUGCUGUUUCCCAUCAACGAGAAGUUUGAAAGCUAUUUCAAGAAGCAAGAGGAGGAGAAGAAAUCUGAAGCUAUUUCUCCCAGUCUCUACUUUAUGAAACAGACAGUUGGCAAUGCGUGUGGCACUAUCGCUUUGAUCCAUGCUGUGGCCAACAACUUGGACAAAAUUGAUCUGACUCCUGGACAUUUGAAGAAUUUUUUGGACGCCACUAAAGAUCUCUCUCCGGAAGCUAGGGCAGAAAAGCUGGAGGCCGACGAGGGUCUUUCUUCUGCCCACGAAGAAAGCGCGCAAGGAGGCCAAACUGAAGCCCCGAGCCGUGACGAGAAUGUUAACUUACAUUUUAUUACGUUGAUCCACCAUUCUGGAGGACUAUACGAAUUAGAUGGCCGCAAGUCUCGUCCGAUGCCGCACGGCAAUACCACACCAGAAACGUUUCUUGAGGACGCAGCCAAAGUAUGCCGCGAACUGAUGGCCGUCGAUCCCGAAGAAGUUCAUUUCACGCUGGUUGCCUUAACCGGCGCCCAAUAGGCAUUUGAGCAUCACGCUUUAUUGGGGUGAAGGAAAGAAAUGUUACUAUAUUCCUCGAAAAUUCUAUUUCUUCGUGUUCAAGCUUCCCCCCCCCUCAACUCAAACAUGUAAGUUAAAGCUUGUUCAUUUCAGAACAGUCAAAAUUCAUUUGCAUGUUUAACCUAAUAAAAAUUUAUCUGUUCAAUAA